GGAGUAGAAUUAAAUAAUGGGGAAAUCAUCUUGGCUAAAAUAGUAAUCUUAACUACUGGCACUUAUUUACAACCGAUCACCUAUCGAGGAAAAGAAAGCCGCGUGGAAGGACCGGGUGGAGAAAAAAGGGUAGUAAAUAAUAUUUCUCAACAAUUACAAGAAUUAGGAUUUAAAUUAAAACGCUUUAAAACCGGAACUUCCCCACGUAUUUUAACUAACACUAUUGAUUUUUCAGAAAAACAAUUGCCGUGUUAUCUGCUCCAUACCAAUGAAAAAACGCACCAAAUUAUUCGGGAAAACUCGCACCUGUCUCCAAUAUUUUACAAGCCGGAUAUUGGCACCGGGCCACGCUACUGUCCCAGUAUUGAGGAUAAGGUUUACCGGUUUGCCGACAAGGAAAAACACCAAAUAUUUUUGGAACCAGAGUCUCGAGAAUUAGACACUACCUAUAUCCAGGGCUAUGCUAUUGAAUAUGAUGUGAUUGAUUCAACACAAUUAAAACCUAGUCUAGAAAGUAAAUUAGUUGACGGCCUAUUUACAGCUGGUCAAAUUAACGGUACUACUGGUUAUGAAGAAGCUGCUGCGCAAGGGUUAAUGGCCGGCAUAAACGCCAGUCGUAAAAUAAAAAAACAGGAGCCAUUAAUUCUCCGCCGCGACCAAGCCUAUAUUGGAGUACUAAUUGACGAUUUGGUUAACAAGGAAAUCACUGACCCUUAUCGACUUUUGACUUCUCGGGCUGAAUAUCGUUUAUUGUUGAGGCAUGAUAACGCUUAUACUCAAAUUAACCAAGCAUUGCAAAAUUUAAACUUUAAGGCUGACGAUAAUUUGACCAAAAAAUUCCCCUCUUUAGAUAUUAGAAUUUCAGACCUGGAUACCAAAAAUAAAGAACUUAAAUUGAGAAGAACAACGAGAAUUAGAG